AUGGGCCGCGGCCCAACUCACCAGCACGCGGGCGAUGGUUUAUACCCAUCACCCGCGGGUGAUGAAUUCCGCCUAGGAAAGGCGAGCGAAAACCCCACCUGCCUCCCGCCUGAUUCCCCAAACUCCCCGCCGGCAGCCCGUUCGCCGGCGAUGUCGGCCGCCGCCGUCGACGGCGCUCCGUCGUCGCAGCCACCCCCACCGCCCACCGUAGAAUCCGUCCUCCACCUAGCCUCCCGCGACCCCUCCGCCGCGGUCCCCCUCCUACGCGCUCUCCCCCCUCCCGCCCUCGCCGACCUCCUACUCUCCCUUUCCGCCGCCUCCCCGCCGAACCACCUCUCCCUGCUCCCAGCCCUGCUCUCCCUCUCGCCGCCCCCCUCCGCCGCUUCCGCCGUCUUCUCCUCCCUCCUCAACGCGCCCAGCUGGCCCACUCCGGCCCUCCUCGCCGUCGCCUCCCUCCUGCGCGACCUCCCCGCGCCAUUCCGGUCCCGCGUCCCCGACUGCCUCGCCAAGGUACUCUCCCUCCUCCCCACCGCCGACGUCCAGGACCUCCCUGCGCUCGCCUACCAGCUCCUCCUCCUCGCCUCCAAGCCGCUCCACCCCCGCGCCGUCCUCGCGGGCCUCCUCCGCUUCUUCGGCACUCGCCGUGCGCGCGCCCCGCCGUCCAUCGCACGGCAGGUCGAGGGGACUGUGCUCAUGCACGUCGCCUUCGCGGUUAAGCAGGACCCUGCACUGGCAAGGGAGGUAGUGGCCGCCGUCAAGGCCGACGCCGCGGGCGUGCUCAGUGGCUUCGCCGUGGCAGUACUGCUGUCCGUGGCACGCGUGCGGAGAUUCAGCGAAAACGCUGUGGGCGUGCUCCGGGACGCUGCCGCUACGUCACGCCGGGAUUAUCGGAUGUCCAGGCGCUGCAAGUGGUUGCCGGAUUGCCUCAAAGAGGAAAGCACGCGGACUGCUCAUUGCGUCGAGAAGGCAUUAAUGAAAGCCGUCGACGAGAGCAUUGGUGGGAGGGAGCAUGUUGUUCCAAGCAUCGUUCAGGUAGGGUUUCUCUUGUUAGGAGCCUCAGAUGGUGACCGAGGGGAGGAGGAUGGUCCGGGUGAAGGUGUUAUGAGCACUGGAGAAAUAGGUGUUAAUAUGCUCAAGUCAUUGUUUGAGAUCCACGAAAUGGCACGGACUGAGAUAAUUGAACAAUGCAAGUUCCGGAUUCUCUCAGCAAAGCCUCAGCAAAGCGCACCAGUUCUUCGGUUGCUUGGAUUGUUAGUCCGGAGCCAUCCAUUUCCAAUGGUAGAAUAUGUUGCACACCUCAAGGAGUUGCUGGACUAUUUUGCCUUCAUGAAUGACAAGAUAUCGACAGGUCUCAUCAAUUGCAUCUUGCCACUCACAAAGUUCAACCGUGAUCUUAAGGAUUACAUAAUAUUGGUUGUAAGGAAGGCCAUGUUCAAGCGGGAGGAUGCUAUCCGGAUUGCUGCCACAAAUGCUAUAGUUGAGCUGAUUGUUACAGAAAGCGAGUAUAGGAAUAAUGAAGCUAAUCCUCUUCAAGACUCAUCAAGUCAACCAAGCUCUAGCCAGCUACCUGAAAUACAUCAAGAGGUUGGCGGGGUCCUCUUUCAAGAAUUAAGUGGGUUGCUUCGCAGAUGUCUUUCUCAGCAGGUUAGAGUCAAAAUGGUCCUGUAUGAGGGUCUCAUUCGAAUAGUUAACUCUGAUCCAGCUGUUGCAGAUAGUGUCCUCGAUUUCCUGUGGCCCCACUUCCUAAACUAUUACAUAGAGGAUGCAGAAUGCCCCCUCAAAAUGGAUUCAUGCUUUAAAGUUGAGGAUGCCAAAGUAUGCAUCGUGGAACCUCUGGAUUGCCUACUGUCAUGUGUCUCGUGCAUUCUUCGAGUUCAGCAAAACAGUAAAUGUUCGCGACCAAAUGAUGCAUAUUGGAAGUGUUUUGGUUUUGCUCCUACGCAGGAUAAUGAGGAUGGAAGAUCCUCGUCAAGGGACUUGUUCAUGAAAGGAUUAUCAAAUAUCCAAAAGUAUUUGAAGAAAUGUCUCACAGAAGAUCAAAAAGGACAGACCCAAGAAGCUGGUUCUACUUCAUCAUCUUUGGAGAUAGUUCAUUGUAAUAACACUGGUAUGCCUGGAAUCAUAGAGGUUUUUGUUGAUUUUGCCGCUUCAAAACUAGCGGAAGCUUCUGAUGAAUCGAAGGAGAAGUUAGAAAAAGAAAUACUGGAGCUCGUUCAUGCACACAGUGUCUUUGAGAGGAAAACAAGCAAGAACAGGGAGAAAGUUGCGCGAGGAAGAGGGGAUUCAAGAGGUGCUCCAGACAGGCAGACCAAUGAACCCAAGGAAAAUUCAAAUGCUUCUUUCCCGAAAUUACAUGAAAAGAGGGGGAAAUUUACGAAUUCAAGUUUGUAUGAACUCUUAGUGAUGUGUGUCAAACUGUGCAAUGCUGAUAAUUAUGAUAAAUGCAGUCAGCGUCCUAGCCAAUCUAAGUUGAACCAGUGGUCCAGUCUAUUAUCUUUUGUACUGAAAGCCUGUCUUGAAAUGUUCAGAUCACUUACAGCUAAGGCCAGUGAUGUGACCAUUGGAAAUCUAAGAAGAAUGGUGUAUGAAGAUGUAAAAAAGUUAGCGCAGCCAAUUGUGAAGCUCAUUUGGUGGCUUAUGUUUGAUUCAGAGAAUGGUGGAUUCAAGAACACAACCCAAGGGAAGAAAACAGUUGAAAACAAAAGGGAUCAAUUAUAUCUGGCAUUGGCAUGCUUUAAAGAACUGUUUAAAUUGAGUGUAUCAGAAGAUUGUUCAAGUGACAUGAUUGAACUUCUGAUAUCUUUGGCUCCUUCAAAUAUAGAGGAUAUGUUGGAAGCUGACCAGCUUCUUGACAAUGAUGCCACUUUGACUGAGUAUCCAGAAAACAGAGGCACUAAUGUGUUUCUGAACAUAUUGAAGAUGUUAUAUGCCCGAGCUCUUUCCCAAUCUCUUUUACGGGAAUCUGAGGCUGUAACUGAAUUGAUUUUUGGCGUAUCAAGGAAACUGCAUCCUGAACGAAGGCAUCUUGUCGGACAUUGGGCUGCAGUCUUAUGUAGAAAGAAAACUGUCCAAAACCCAAGCACUGCACAGGAGGUGGUAAAACUCGCUGUCCAUCUUAUGACAGCUCCAGAUGACAUGAUUCUUGUGCAUGAGAUGGCAACAGAGUUGGAGAAAUUAGCCUCUGGAGACGAGGACUCUAGAGAUUCUUCUGAGGCAUUUCUUAUUGUGAAUUGUAAAACAAAAAAUUCGCUUGCUGCUGUCUUCCUUCAUAUGGUGGAGUCAUCGCUUAUUGAACUGGAAUGGGGUCUUGGUAAGCUUAAGGCAAUGCUUACAUUAGGUUAUGGUUCUGCUAACGUUGAUGAGGAUCAACCAGCAGAUGAAAGGACGCAAAGACUAUUUUGGGAGGAAGCACUCUACUCAAGAUCAACAUCAGUAGUCCACGUCCUUUCGUCAUUCGCUCAUAUGAGCCUUAAAGAUUCUCAAGCAGAACAGUUUCUGAAACUGACUGCGAAGUUCUACAAGCUCUUGGCCAGCAUGUCAAAGUCUCAGAUUGCACCUAAGGGUUAUAAGCAGUUCAUACCUGGUCUCAAAUUCCAGAAACUGGCAGAAGUAACUUGCAGGAUGCUUACUGCUCCACUUUACAACUUUGUCAAAAAUCAUCAAGAGAAUCAGCAACCACACAAAAAAGGGACCCUUGCCAAGAUCAAAAGGGAGAGCAAGUGCAUUCCUGAUCUUAUUUUCCAGGUCGAAGAUUAUGAGAAGUAUCUAAUCCAGUUAAGCAAGCUCGCAAAGGUGAACCUUUUGAGGUAUGCCAAGCGCAGCGUAGCAAGAGAUUUUCGGAUACAACCAAAGGAGAAAGCUGCAGAAGAAGAACGUGAGGAGAAAUCUGAGGAAGAACAACAUGAAGGGAAUUCUACUCCAGUCAGCGCCGCAUCACCUGAGAGUGACCCCGACGAGGAUGGGGAAGAAGGUCAAGAUGAUCCUGCCGAUGAAAACCUGCAGGCCAGUAGUGCACAACCUGAUGAUGCCGUCCAAGAUUCUGAAUCUGAUGGAGAAGAGGAGGAAAUGGUAGCACAAAGGCAGAGAGCCAAGACAAAUCAAAUGGUCCAAGAUUCUGAAUCUGAUGGAGAAGAGGAGGGAACAUUUGCACGAAGGAAGAGAGCCAAGACAGACCAAACAGUCCAAGAUUCUGAAUCUGAUGGAGAAGAGGAGGAAAUAUUAGCACGAAGGAAGAGAGCCAAGAGAAACCAAAUCGUUGAAGAUUCUGAAUCUGAUGAAGAAGCUGAAGACGAGUGAAAUUUCUGUAGGAAACAGUCACAAAUUAUAACCUUAUAUAUGUGCGCCAAGUUGGAAAAUAUUGAGCAUAAUAUAUGUAGAUAGUUUUGAACUGUUUCUGCGGGUUAGCAAGCUGAUUUAAGUUGAUGUAUAGAGGUAGUAGCAGUGGUUGCGCUCUUGC